GCCACACAUUGGUUAAAGGAAUGAAUUGAAGCGUCAGGGAAUCGAACGCUGUCAACGCGGGUUGUGAAUUCCGAGGAAUUGUCCGGGUGAUUAUGUCGGCACGUGCUUUGUGGUGGUGACGCGGUAGAUGAACUUGAAUAAGGAUUAAAUGUGCCUAAUUGACUGAAACUGACUCUACACAUGUAAGUUAACGGGUAUAUAUGAUUUCUUUUAAAAUAGGUUAACUUUUUUUUUUUUUUAAUGAAAUAUAUUAUUACCAAUACUAUAGAGGUUUGAGUUCAGAGAUAGGACCUGCCGCGAAUCAACCCUGAACUGCGUGGACUAUGUCGCAUAUUUCAGCAGUUCAAUGUGUACACAUCGGGUGGAUGCUGUACUUACAGACCCGUGGACGGGACGCUGAGGGUUUGGGGGGGGGGUAGAGGCAGUUGGGAAAAAAAUAACGGCAGAGUGAGCACAAGAGUGAAGCUUAACAUCGAAUGGGUUAAGCUCACCACUGUAAAUGAAACUGUCGAAAUGUGCACUUUACAAUGGACGAUUUAACACAAAGACACACACACAAGCGCACAAAAUAAAUGAACAGUGACCUUGCUAAAACUUCAUGCGUUUAGAGAAACGAUUGACCAUUGUAAAAUUUCAAUAUUUUGCGAUAAAACAUUUUUACAUCCCCAAAUGAGUCAACUUUACACAUCGUCGUUAAUUUACGACCGCGUCGUUCUUCUUCUUUUUUUUUUUUUUUUUUUUUUAGCCUUUUAGGUAUCUCUCACUCAAGAUGGUCUUAGAGGCGUAAAUAGCAAGCUAAAUGAUUGUGAUAUCUAUUUUCACCUGGAACCAUUUCAGCUAUUUCUAGCUUAUAUAAAGUUUCCUGGGGGAGAAAAGUUACUUUCUAAAUUGUGCUCCCUUCGCGGACAGAAGACGCACGAAAUAAUAAGCCUACUCCGCGGACUUGAAGUGAACAUAAUCCCAUUCCAAGAAACGCUGCAUAGUAUGGGCCGUUUCAUUUUUAACUGGCUAUUCACCUUGCUACUGCAAAUGCACCGGAUCUCGCUGUUGAGAUCGUAGAAGCGAAGAGCUGCAGCAUCAACGAUGCUCUCAUCGUGAGAGUGUUCAAGGAGGACGUAGCUUUUAUAGCGACGAACGUCUAUCAAUACACCCUGGAAACCCUGCCACCCGACUAUUGGGAGGUAACAUGGUUUUCAGCAAAAGCAUUUGGGCAGGGGGACUUUCAAACGCACAGUUAGACGACUGGGGACGUUCGGAACGAAAUGCGUCGGGAUGAUCAAUUGAGAGCUUAGGCUCAACUUUACAAUAGAGGGGAUCAUUAGUUUAUAUUGUGGGCUUGAAGUAAGUUUUGGGUUAGAUCCCCUUCACGUUAAUCACCUCAGAAUUUUCGUUAAAAAGAUAAGUUCUCUUUUUUUUUUAUGCCUAUAGAUGUGCUUCCACCUGAUCUGACCACAGCUCCACCAUGACUACAACAACACCGCUGUCUUCCUUCCUCACCGCCUCCACCUGCUCCACCACGACGCUCACCUCUUCUAUUUUCGGAGACAGCGGGCAGAAGAAAAGCUUCCUGGACCGGACGUUGAACUUCCGGACGAGCAUCGGUCGAUACUUCCUCCUCGUCCUGAUCCUCACCGCGGGAUUUAUCCCCGCUGUCAUACUGCUCGCACAAAACAUCGUGAUCGUGUUCAAAGCCGUGAAAAACUUGGACAAGAAUAAUUUGGUCCAAACCAACAUCGAGUCCGCCUUGUUGAUCAAAGACUUGCUGCACGACAUCCAGCUGGAGCGGGGGCACUCCGCGCUCUACCUGAGCUCCGACGGCGAGAUUCGCACGCGGGAUGACAUGCUGAGGUCGAGGCUGAACGUGGAUGAUAUCUUCAUGGCCUUGAAGUCGUGGCCGAGGUCGCUGUUGUCCUACCCGGGGACAGUUCCGAAUAAGACAGCGGUUCGCGUUGACCUGAUGACCUUCCGCCACAGCAUUGACACCAGGGUGGUGGACGAGUAUGGCGUGGUGCAGUUUUAUAGGUAAGGCUGGGGAGAUGUCUGGUUGAUAUCACCUGUCUGAGAGCGGUCAAUGGCCAAAGAGAUGGUCAGAAAGUUUCCAACAAGUCGUUUUUUUUUUUUACAUUUUACCCCACUUUUCUUUAACGUGAAUUGAGUCUGUUUGUUUGUUUCUUGUUUCGGUGUAGUAAUAAAGGGGAGAGACUGCAAUCAGGUUAUUGGGUUGUGGGGCAUUGGGUUGUGAGAUUUUGGGUUGUGAGACAUUGGGUUGUGAGACAUAGGGGGGGGGGGGGGGGGGGGGGGGGGGGGGGGGGGGGGGGGGGGAGAGAUAUGAGCGAAACAAAAUAUGGGAAAACCUGAAAAAAAAUUCGUUCAUUUUAUUAUAUAUAAAUUGCACCACAUGAAAUACUCCGAAAUUGGAGUAAAAUAUGACUGACGUUGUCUAUUUACUUCACAUAUGAUUUUCACACAGAUCUAUUGAAUAAGUAAUCCGAUGCUAUAAGAUGUACGGCAAGAGCCUAUCUUCUAUUUAACACAUAUUUCUUCCAUUCUCACUUAUCUCCUUCUACGCUUCUGCGCAUGACAUACCUUAAUUAACUUCCUUUUCCCUCUAACUUAUAAAAACAAUAUUAUUAUCUAAAACAAUUAGUAUCUAUGAAUGCUUGCACUGUGACAGUAAUGAAAACUCUUCACUCGAACAUAGUAAUCUGUCAAUUUCUAGAUUUCAAAUCCUCGCAAUGGAUCUGUUUAUAUGGUGUUUUGUGUGUUUUUUAUGGAAAUGCACAUUUUUAACAUGUUCUUCAUGGGUAUUUAAGCAAUUUAAAGUGUGGGUAUGUAUGCGAGACGGAGGAAUAGGAGAGAGCAAGAAAUAACAGGUUAGACAAGAGCAAGAAAUGACAGGUUUUGCAAGAGCAAGAAACGACAGGUUGUGCAAGAGCAAGAAAUGACACAUUGGGCAAGAGCAAGAAAUGACAGGUUGUGCAAGAGCAAGAAGUGACAGGUUGUGCAAGAGCAAGACAUGACAGGUUGUGCAAGAGCAAGAAAUUACAGGUUGUGUAAGAGCAAGAAAUGACAGGUCGGGCAAGAGCAAGAAAUGACAGGUCGGGCAAGAGCAAGAAAUGACAGGUCGGGCAAGAGCAAGAAAUGAUGGGUUGGGCAAGAGCAAGAAAUGACAGGUUGAGCAAGAGCAAGAAAUGACAGGUUGAGCAAGCGCAAAAAAUGACAUAAAGUAAACAUUGCUGUUUGGGAAGUUCACUCAAUAUUUCGAAUCCCCAUAGCUUGCAAACUAUUGAAUUUCUAGGGUCGUCUAAAUGAUAUAACAUCAGAUGGUACAACACUAGAUGUUAUAGCAUUGCAUGAUAUACCAUUAGACGAUAGAACAUUAGCUGAUCAUGAAGUUGAUAUUCAUCCCUCAAUUUUAGUCUGACUCAUCAUGCUGUUUCGUUAAAACGAGGGGGGGGGGGUUAAAAGUUAAAGGCUUUAAGAACAAUUCACGCAUGGAAACGCUAUUUGAUUUCGGUUAACCACGGGUCACGUUUGACCUGACCGGCAUAUAGUUCAUGUAAUCACCACGCUAAGAGAAUGCCUGCCUUCAGUUACCACCAACCAACUGAUGAGCCCCCAAUUAAAAAAUCUGCGCUGACAUGGAAAACAAAAUCUCGUCCUCCUUUCAGCUGCCCCAGUAAACAUGUUUAACUCACCAUCCUCAGCUGCCCAGUAAACAUGUUUAACUCACCUUCCAGUUCAAGUACGCUAAUCUAUCUAUAUUUUUCCUUUUGCUUUUGUCAACACCAUUGGGUUACAUCAUGAUAGAUAGAAAAGAGAUCGAUAAGACCCAUCGACCAGCAGCACGUUUAAUGACAGCACAAAACGGCUUGCAAUCUAGUUCUUUAAAAAAUAAUACAUGUAGCGAUCAUGAGAGGACAAUGAGAGAUCAAAGUGAAAGACCAGCGUCGAAUCCUUACUGAAAUCCUGAGAAUUUAGCCAUAACAGUUUAUUAGAAGUAUUAAAUUAAAAUUGUGUGUGUGCACGAUUAAGUAGGGGGUAAAACGACAGCAGCACCAACAACACACACACAUUCUGACACACACAUAGGCCUAUACUCACACACACACACAGGUCUAUACUCACACACACACACAUGCCUAUACUCAAACACACACUGGUCUAUACUCACACACACAUAGGCCUAUACUCUCACACACACAUGUCUAUACUCACACACAAACAGGUCUAUACUCACACACACAUAGGCCUAUACUCUCACACACACAUGUCUAUACUCACACACAAACAGGUCUAUACUCACACACACAUAGGCCUAUACUCACACACACACGCGCGCGCUCGAUCACAUGCACACACACACAAGAGUAGAGACGAGGUGGAUUAAAACAGAAAACAGUUCGAUGCCCUUUCAUCAAACGUCAUCUAAAAUUGUUAUUAAUUUGAUUUUUUUUCAAAGACACGUGAGUAAUCAAUUGAUUAUUGAAGUAUCAGAUGGGGUUAGAGAGUAAAAUAUUAGUAGGCCCCUGGCCGUUGGGGCCUGCGGGAAUCGUGCACGGGAAUGGGUGGGUGUUGGGGGAUGGGGUCAGUCAUGACCAGAAGAUUUAGUUGAAUGAUAGGUAUGUCAUUUAUAACUCGAGCAGCGUUUCCCAAACUUUUAAGUGUAGGGGACCGGUGGGACACAAUUCGAAAACUAUACGACUCAUGAGAGGCAUUGAUUUAUUUUGGUCUGUCAAGCUCAUAUAAGUCCUAAAUAUUUUAGCUCACUUUUGGUUGACUCGAUUUCGUAUGUAUUUUUCCUCACUAUUAAUGUGUGCCCAGAGGCAUGUAAAAAUAUUUGUUUUUUUCAUUUAAAAAUCAUGGAGAAAAUGUUCCAAAACUUACUGAAAUCAGGUUAGCAGAUUAAAAGGCUUUUUUUUUUUUAAAUUCUUAGUACAAGGACACCACUAACAAAUUAAAUAAAGGCUGCUCUAGUAAUCGACAUUAAAAGUUGUUUUUUUUUAAAUAAAGUCAACCUUGUUCACCAAUCACAAACGCGUAUUGCAAGUGCCUGCGUUGUUUCAUUCAUGACGUGUAUUCCAUAAGGAUUAGCCCAUUAAGAUGCUCUGUCCGGACCAUCUUGGCCUCAUGGGUUUUUACGGUCUGGUCUAUCAUGUAGAAAAAACGUUGAAGAUGCAUUGGACAUUGUCUCUUAACUGGCAUUUUGUGAACGGUCUAGUCGGUCUCAGCAACUGCAACAACACAAUUAAAGCCAUCGCGGAGUCGCAUCGUUGUUUUCCUCGGUUACAGACACUGUCACAUCAUCUCCUAUAAAUUUAAAUGAAAUUGACCACAUCAUCAAGUAUGACAGUUGAAUGCACCACCUGAUCUAAUCGUUAAUUAUGCUAACUUUGUUUAACUAUUUAUUUAACGUUACUACACGGUCUAUGGUAAGAACCUAACACCCCCCCCUCGACUAACUUAACCAAUCUCCCGACCCCCGACUAACUUACCCAAACUCCCACUCCCACCCUCCGACUAACUUACCCAAACUCCCACCCCCNUUAUUCAGCACCAACCUGUAAACCAGUUCUCACAAGUUGAUUCAGCACCAACCUCUAAAUUAUGGUAAACCAGAGCUCACAAGUUGAUUCAGCACCAACCUGUAAACCAGUGCUCACAAUUCAGCACAAACCUGUACACCAGUGCUCUCAAGUUGAUUCAGCACCAACUUCUAAACCAGUUCCACCUAGAAAGCUGCACUGCCCCAACUCAUCUCCACCUACAUUGCCCGACCCCAUUCAACUUACACCGCCCGACCCCAUUCAACCUACACUGCCCGACCCCAUUCAACCUACCCUGCCCUACCCCAUCUCCACUUAUACUGCCUCCCUUAUUAGCACCUACUCACCUGUAAUCUCUCACUACCCCACCACCACCUACUCACCUGCACUCUCCCACCACCACCUACUCACCUGCACUCUCCCACCACCACCGCCUCCUACUCACCAUUACUCUCCCACCACCACCUAUUCACCUUCACUCUCCCACCCCACAUCCGUCCACCUUUCCUCACCUGCACUCUUUAUCUCCAGUCAGAUUAUAGAUCUGUUGAUCAAGUGGAUGCAAGAGCUUAUGAACGCCAUCACACUAGGCAACUUCUGGCCGGAAAUUGUCGCCUUCCAAGCGUUGACGUUCGCCACAGAGAAUGCUGGGCUGGAAAGGGCGAACGGCGCCAUCUUCUUCACCAAAGGUAAAAAAAAAAAAAACUGUUGA